AUGCGUCUGAUCUUUGUUCUCUUGAAAAUUUCUAUCUUGGUUCAUUAUUCGUACUCAAUUCCAGCCUGUAUUAUUAUUGAUACAAAUAUGUUGAGCAAAUCACAUGAAACAAAUCAAACAAAAUCAUCAGAUGAUUCUGUAUUAUUUAGAAAUUUACGAAUGCUUGAACAAAAUAAUCUAUUAACGGAUAAUGGUAAUUCUCCUCCUCUUGAUCCGUUAACACCUUCGAUACCUGUACCAUUAUCCUAUAUUGAUUUGAAACCAUUUCAACAUCAGCAACAAGAACAAAAAACUGUUAAUGAAUCUCAACAAUUGUUAACAUCGAUGAUGAAGCGAAACUAUGUGGCACAAUUAUCCGGUUGUACAACUGAUUUAUUACAACAAGCUGAAUCACAAAUGGUUGUACCAUUUGAAUUUCGUCGAUUAAGAAUUGAUGAACCCGACAGGCGAACGAAAUUUCCUGAAUAUCUUGAAAGUGUGCCCGAUUUGGCCGUUGCUGUUUAUGAACGACGUUCACAACCGGAGGGAAUGAAAUUUUGUCGAACAUGUAGAAAUGGUCUUUGGACUCAGUUAUCUGUUUGUGAGACUGUUCGUUGUGAUGCCGAUUUACUACGUGGAUACCCUCGUCUUGUCACUGAAUGGGGUGAAAUUAAACAAGGUGAUUUAGCAUUAUAUCCUCCAAAUUCGGUUUAUGCUGUCUACCCAUUUGGCUUUGGACCUCACUGCAAACAGUGCGAAGAGCACGGAGAAUGGUCACGGUAUGCACUAGCAGAAUUAUGUAUUGGUAUAAAAUUCUGGAAUUCACAUUCAACAUCAACAGCCACUGACUCAACAACAACUCAAUCAAACUCAAAAGUAACAACACAAAAAGAAACAAAUCGAACAACAACUCCAGUGGCAAAAAUAACAUCAAUAAAAAAAGCCUAA